GCGCGGCGCUUCCGAUGGUGCGUGCACCCCAAGACAGGCGAGAAGUGGUGGAAUGAGGCUGAGUUGCUCUCGUGUUCGAUGUGCUCGCGCACCAAGGGAGUCGCGUUCGGGGGCAACACGGCGCCCGCGCUGCCCAGCAUGCACGCCAAGCAGUUGCCGCCCAAGCCCAAGGACACCGAUCCCAAGAAGGAGCUCCGUGCCAAGGACCUGGAGAUCAUUCGUCUCAAGGCCCAGCUCCAGGCAGCGGGCGCGGGCACCGCAGCCAGUCAGGAGCCGCUGGUCUCGGAGCCAACCAACCUUGAGCAGAGGGGGCUGGGCGAGAUCGCGACCGCCCUCAAAGCCCUCGGCCCCCUCGAGGACGCUGCCGCGGUGCGGGCCCGCGACGAGCUCGCACGUGAACGAGAUGAGCUCAAGGGUCGCAUCGUUGCCAGCAAGCCUUUCUCAUCGCAGCUGACCAGCCAUCAGGCAGAUAAGGGGACGUUGGAGCUGCUCAUUGGUGAGACCGCUUCGGAGCUCGCCAAGCUGGAGCAAGAGAUCAUCGACCUCGAGGCCCAGCGGGUACAAGUGGCGCUCAAAGCGCCCACGGUUGCAGCAGGCAGUUUCUCGCUCAAGACCAUGGUGCCCGCGCCGGAGCUCCCAGUUGACAGGUUUGGGGAGAUGCUGCGCGAGCUGGGGGCGGACGCUACCCUCACCGCCUCGGUCAGCACGUGCUUCGAGGCGCUACGAGAGCUGCAGGCCGAGGCGACUGCGCAAGCCGCCGCCGCGUCCUCGUCCUCGGAGGCGCCGCCCCCUGGUCAGCAGCCUGGGCAAGCACCUGAGGCAGAGCGACAGGCGCAGCAGCAAGAUGCAGCAGCUGCAGUCCCCAUGGACACCGACGACAUUGAGGAGCUGCGCUCGUACCUCACCGCAAUCGGGAUUGAGCCGCCAGCAGAGGAGGCCGAAGUCCGUGAAAGAGUCAAGAGGAUGGCCGAGGCGGCCAACGACUACGCCAAAAG